AUGGCGAACAAGAAAGACAGGAGGUCUCUGGAUGGCAUGGCCAUGGUGCGCAAGAGGUCGCCGCCGGGGCCAACAACGCUGCAUGAGGUCCCCGACAAGCUCCUCGAGCUCAUCCUCCUUCACUUGAGCUCGCCGCUCUGGCUCAUCCACGCCGCCGCCACAUGCAAGCGGUGGCGCCGCAUCAUCGUCGACAGAAGGUUCCUAUGUAACAUUUCCAACCGCGACCCCUCAUCCGUUGUUGCAGGCCACUACCAUAACCACGCGUCCCCUGUCGACGGCCGUCGCCUCGUCUUUGUUCCCUCUUCGCCGGCGCUUGCUGUCGGUAGCCACCACUUCUCCCUCGACUUCCUCCCCGCAGGGGGCGGCACCUCAUGGGAGAUCAUCGACAGCUGCCACAGCCUCCUCCUCCUCGCCAAGAGGAAAACCGGGUGGAGACGCCACUGCUUGCCGGACCUCCUCGUCUGCGAGCCGGUCACGCAGCGCUACAGGCUAAUCCCGCGCAUGGAGCACAUGAAAUACGAGCGCUGCCUCACUGUAUUCCUCCACGGCUGCCAUAGCAGAGGAGCUACCACGAGGAGAGGCCACACCAUUGAUGUCAUGUUGAAGUUCAAGGUGAUCUGUGUUCUCCACCGUGAAUACACCAGAAUAUCUGAUAAGAUUAGCGUGAUGAACCCCUUCGUGUUCGAACGGAGCUAUAGGGGGAGGCCUGGAUGGUACGUCAGGCACCGGCCCAUGGACGAGCCCCGAAUCCGCCAAGAUGGCACUACAGAGCCCCUGCAUUUCCUUGGUCGUGCCACCAGCUCUCUGUUCUGGGCCCUGAAGGACGAUGUCUCAUCCCUGCUAGCCUACAAUUUCCAUUGGAGAAACGCGUUUGAAGUCCUUCCAUUGCCGGACCACAUCCAAGGGCUGCCUUCCCGAGCCUUCCGCAACGAUGACGGCGAGGCGUGCCUUGUUUGUUUGCAGGGCAGCAGCCUCCACGUCUUUGCGUAUAAUGAUGGCGACUGGGACCUUGAGGAGAGCCUUGAGUUGAUGGAGGCCAGUCGUGGGCUGGAAGGGCACAAGGAUGAGUAUUUCCGGGUGCCUAUGAAGAUUGUCACGGCCAGCACGAUGUCUAUCGUGCUUUCACCGGCAGACCAGACAUGGCAAUUCUCAGUCGAUCUUGAGACAAUGGAGGUGACGAGAUACAAAACCAAGACUCAGGGUUCUCCAAGUGUGUCUUAUCCAUGUGAGCUUCCAUGGCUACCUGCUAUCCAUGCUUGUAUGGUGCGCUGUAGAAGAGGGGGCAGUUUCCCGUGUACUCACAUUUGUAGAUGUUGA